AUGAUUAUGAGUUCUCUUAAAUAGAGUAAAGCCCCAUAAAUGCUUGAGUCAUACGAUGGAAAGGACCCUCGCUUUACUAUGAUAGAUUACAAUAGAUUCAAGCAUAAUGGGAACAAUCAAGCUAAUUUGAAUAUUAAAAAGGCUUUAGGAGACAUUUCUAAAAAGAGGAAAGAGAUAAAUGACAUAAAUACGAGUCGAUCGCACAUUCAAAAUAUUAUUGCUCAAAACAAACUCUUUACAAAUGACUCAACGAAGUAGUCUGAUGUUUAUGAUGAAAAUCAUACAGAAAAGGUUCCACCAGUAUUAAUCAUAGGUAAAUUCUCCCUAGUACUAAAAAGCUACGAUCAAGCAGUCCAAUAGGAAUAGUUUUUUACUAAAAAGUUAAGAACAAAGCCUGAUUUCGGGUAAUUCCCCUAAAUAUAGAAUCAUAAAAAUCAGGCUCAUUCGUUAAGAAAUUCAAUUGAUCAUAAGCAAUUUAAAUAGUUGAGUUAAUUUGAUUAAUCAUUCACCAACACUCCUGGAUAUUUUAGAAAAGAAGUGGAUUAAGUAAUGAAUGAUGAAUCUCUUUUGAAGGGCUAUAAAGAUGUGAGUACUCAUAACAACAAGAUAUCAAAGGAGCGUUUCACUAUUUUCCAACAGGACUUUGAAGUAAGAAUUAACAAGAUGAAUAAUCACUUGGACUCUGAGCUCAACAGCCUUAGCAAAAAUGUCCAAACAAUACCCAACAACAAGAGCAUUGGAGAAUUCACUUCUCCAAUGAAGCAUCCUGAAAGAAACUUGCUAUCACCUAAAAGGCAUGCAUAGCAUCAUACAAAGGAAAUAUUAAUCAAGCUUGAAAAUCAAGCAAGAGACCAGCAUAGUAACUAAAAAUCUCAUCGAUAUACAGAAAAUAAUAGCAGUGCUUAAGUAUUUGAUAAAAUAAAUAAUAACACUGGUAAGUUCUUAAAUCUCUCACCUAGACUAAUGAAUGAUGGAUUUGCUAACAAAGAUAUGGCAGAGAUUACAUUUGGAAAUAAUAGUAAGGCCACUAUUUCCUUUGGAAACUUCAACAGUACUACUUACUCUAGGGAAAGUUCAUUUGACACAGAAGCUGAGUUUGUUAAAGAUGGUAUAGAUGAAGAUUUUACAUCAGAGGAGCUAAAAUUACAAGAAUAGGAAUUUUCAUUAAAAAUAGAACAGAUGAUAAAUGAAUUUUAAAUAAAAAAGGAGCUUCAUAUUCAUCACAAUUCUAGUUCAAAUCCAGAGUACAGUAGAAGAAGUAUAUCACCUUAAUUUGAAAUUCUAUCUAAAAAUUUGAAGGAAUAAACUAUUGAGCAACUAGUUCAUGAUGUCAAGGAGAAAAAUAACUUUAACGAAGUUUGCAAGCAAUACUCUUUCCCAAGUUAAUCGGAGAAACUUGACUUAGAUCCAAAUCUAUAAUAUUUCUUAAAAUGUUACAAAGAAAAUGUUCUUGCUCUGCCAACUCUCUCAAGAAUUUAAAACAAAUAAUUCUCUCUUUAGGGUUACCCUCUUAACAAAGGAAUUUGUAAAGCUGUUAAGAAAUAUUUGUAAACCUGUAAAAACUGUCUCACAAAAUUGGCACUAGACAAUAAUGCUUUGUAGGAUAAAUGGUUGAAAUCAAUUCUAUAAGGAGUUGAGUCAUAAGAUGACUUCAAGCAGAUAAUACUCUGCAGAAAUCAUGUUGGAAAGUACUCAACAGCAGUUCUUUCCAAUAUUUUAAAAAGAACAUUCCCAAAAAAUUUGGAAGAUCUUAGAAUCACUAAUUGCAAAAUUACUAGUACAUGUUCUGCUAAUAUCCUAAUUUCAAUUAAGGAGAGCUUAUAUUUGAAAAGACUCAGUUUGGUCAAAGCCAAUCUAUCUGAUUACUGUAUUGGAUUACUAUCACAAGUUCUAACCAGUUCUAGGCAUCUUAUAGACCUUGAUAUAAGUUGGAAUGGACUGAGAAGCUAAAAUCUCAGAGAAUUCUGGACUGCAUUAAGUAAAUUUAUCAAGUAUAAUAAAAAUUUACUUCACCUCGACCUUAGCCAUACAAGAUUAGAAUCAGAGACAGUUAGAGAAAUAGGUACUAACCUAAGAAAAGCAAAAAGUCUUCUUUCAAUACAUUUUACUGGCAAUCCUGGAGCUAAUCAAGAAGUUAGGCAGUUUUUAUUUGAAAGAAUCCAUGCUAAAACUAACUAAAACUACAACCACAUGAUAGAGAUGCAUGUUAGUUAAUAGCACCGACCUCAAAGUCCUAGAUCAUCAUAGGUUAUUGACGGAGUAUAAAUGAAAAUAUUGACUAGAAAGAGGAAAAUGAUUGAUAGUGUCAACCUAUAGAAUUUAAACCCUCCAGCUGACAAUCUUAAGCUCAUCUUCUAAAGAUUUCUAGGGCAUAAAUUCGAGUAGCCAGGAAGUGGAUAAUGGCAAAUGCUCACUUAAGAUGAUAUUUAUGAUGCACCAGUUUGCUGUGAAUGCUGGAUUUGUAGUAAAUGGAUAUACACUAUUAUCUUCUGGUCAAAGAGUAUUGAAUAUGCUGUUUGUGAGGAAUAAAUUUCUAAUGAUCAGUAAAGUCUUGAGGCUUUAAGUAGAUUUGAUGAUAAAAAGAUUAGUUGUCCAUAAAUAGCUGGAGGAUUUAACUCAUGGACUCCUUAAGAGUUUAUAAAGCUUUCAGAUUAUUGUUACCAUUUAGACCCAGCAAAGAAUGAUGCCAUAAAAAUAAUGAAAAAGUAAGGUAAAAUUAGAGAAGAAGUUGCGAGUGUUAGUUAAUUGAACCAAAAAGACUAGAUAACAUACUAACAGAUUCAAAAUGAAGUUAAUUAGGACUAUAGAUAGCACUGGAAGGAUAUAGUAACAAAGUAAAACAAAUACAAAAAAAUUUAAUACAUCAAUAAUAUUCAUCUUGAAAAUGUUGACCUUCGUAAUGAAGAGGUUUUUAUUUAUGCAUGCUUUAUGAGGCCAGGAAAGAAUUCUUAUUUAAUUAAGAGUCACGAGACCUAAGAAGUCAAUAUGCUGAGAUCUAUAUCUUGUCUAAGAGAAGAAGAUAUUCCAAUAUGUAAGAUAAACUAUUUGAUAACACCAUUUAAAGACAUAAAGGGGACCAAAUAAAAGACAUUUUAGAGAGUAUUCAAAAAGGAUACAUCGGUAUUUAAAGAAUGGAAAGAAGAUACACCUUAAACUAUAUAGCUAAUGCUUGACGAUGAUUUAAAAUAUUGGAAAAUUCAUAGAUUUAUAAAAGAUGAUAACGAUAGAUUAAUGUGCGAAAAAAUUAUUAGGCAAAAUGUUGUGUUGAUUAAGAAAAUCUUCAUUACAGAAAUAUGCAAUAGUAGUUUCCCAAACAUUAGUUGGAUUGAUUUCUCCAAUUUCUGCGAAAAAUGCAAAAUCUUUGACAAGAACGUCAUUAUAGCAACGAUUGAUAGAAUUUUCAUUGCAACUAAUGUAGAACUUGAAAAAAAUGAUGACAACCCAGAUAAAGCACUAUAAAGAUAUGAAUUCUACGAAAUUUUAGUUAGAAUAGCUUAAGCUAAGUUUAGAGAUCCAGGAAUAACGCCUACGAUUAAUGAAGGUCUUACAAAAUUAUUGAAUGAACAUAUUUUCCCUCUUGCUGAGCCAGACUCAUGGUAGGAAUUUAGGGAUGAGUAGCUUUGGGUUAUGGAGGUAAAUGAUAUCUUAGAAGCAAAUCUAGAAGGUCUCAAAAAGGUUUAUAGCUAUUAUUGGGAACCUAGAAAGAAGUUUAUGACAUAUUAAGACACAAUAAAUUUAAUGCUUAGAGAUUCUUAAUUGAACUUGAUUGAAAAGGAUGCUGUUUACUGCUAUGGAAUGUGUAAGAUGAGCGUAAUCACUGAGUCGAAUGAUACAUGGUAAUAUAAGCAACUCAAGUUUGUUGAGUUACUUGAACUAAUAGGUAGAAUAGCCAUUUUAAAAUUCAAAAACUCCGAAAAUGAGACUCUAGCCCUUUAUAAGAAAAUAGAAUAUAUCCUGGACAUCCUGCUUAAGAUGGUAGAAGUUCAGAGAAAAGACGUAAACAUUUAGGUAAACGAAGAAAGUGAAAGUGAUGAUGAAUAUUGA